AUUCCCAUGGCGAUACAGUUGAAGGUUUUCCAGCAGCAGCUGGGGUUAGCCGCUGAAUUUUCUCGGCCGGUUUCGGUUCAUUGUGUGAGAGCAUAUGGAGUGCUAUUAGACAUUCUAAAAAAUACGGAUGAGAGAAUACCCGCCAUAGUGUUGCAUUC